AGCUCACACCCGCCUCCCUGUUCCGGCCGCCACCAGGAAGCGCCCGCCCGAGGUCGCGGCCCGCUCGCUGCCGACGCGCCAGCCCGGGAGUCAGCCGCGCAGGCCCGGCGCCGCACGCCGCGAGUGCCUCCCCGGCGGACGCGGAAUGAAGGCGGGCGCCGCGGGCCCCCAGCCUGGUGGCGGCGGCGACAAGAGACCUAAUACAGCCCGUCCGUCUUAGACGCCGCGUCGCCCGCGGGCCUGCGCACUCAGUGCCCUGCGCGCUUCCGGCCGAGCCACGUGACCGCGCGCGCACGUGUUCCGGCCUCUGCGCGCCGCAGCUCGGCGCCUCCGGGCCCCAUGAUGUCCACCUAGAGCGGGCGCGGGCCGGGCUGGGCUGGGCUGGGGGGCAGCGCCAUGAACCCCAGGGGUCUGUUCCAGGACUUCAACCCGAGUAAGUUCCUCAUCUACGCCUGCCUGCUGCUCUUCUCCGUGCUGCUGCCCCUGCGCCUGGACGGCAUCCUGCAGUGGAGCUACUGGGCGGUCUUUGCGCCCAUAUGGCUGUGGAAGCUCCUGGUCAUGGCGGGCGCGGCGGUGGGCGCGGCCGUGUGGGCGCGCAACCCCCGCUACCGCACGGAGGGCGAGGCCUGCGUGGAGUUCAAAGCCAUGCUGAUCGCCGUGGGCAUCCACCUGCUGCUGCUCAUGUUCGAGGUGCUGGUCUGCGACCGGCUGCAGAGGGGCACCCACUUCUGGCUGCUGGUCUUCAUGCCCCUCUUCUUCGUGUCACCCGUGUCGGUGGCCGCCUGCGUGUGGGGCUUCCGGCACGACCGCUCGCUGGAGCUGGAGCUGCUGUGCUCCGUCAACAUCCUGCAGUUCAUCUUCAUCGCCCUGAGGCUGGACCGCAUUAUCCACUGGCCGUGGCUGGUGGUCUUCGUGCCCCUGUGGAUCCUCAUGUCCUUCCUGUGCCUGGUCGUGCUCUACUACGUCGUGUGGUCGCUGCUCUUCCUGCGCUCGCUGGACGUGGCGGCCGAGCAGCGGCGGACGCACGUGACCAUGGCGGUCAGCUGGAUCACCAUCGUGGUGCCCUUGCUCACCUUCGAGGUACUGCUGGUUCACAGGCUGGACGGCCACAACACGUUCUCCUACGUCUCCAUCUUCGUCCCGGUCUGGCUGUCCCUGCUGACCUUGAUGGCCACCACGUUCCGGCGGAAGGGAGGCAACCACUGGUGGUUUGGCAUUCGCCGCGAUUUCUGCCAGUUCCUGCUGGAGAUCUUCCCGUUUCUGCGGGAGUACGGGAACAUUUCCUACGACCUCCAUCACGAGGAUAGCGAGGACCCCGAAGACGCGGCGGUUCCAGAAGCCCCAAAGAUUGCGCCCGUGUUUGGGAAGACCAGGGUGGUCACCCAGAGCCCCGGGAAGUUCGUGCCGCCGCCUCCCAAGUUAAAUAUUGACAUGCCGGAUUAAGCGCCACUGCCGGGCCGAGUGGGGAUUGCACACGCCCGCUUGCUUUGUCUCUCUACGCCUCCCCGGACCCUGGAAGUGGAAACGGGCUGCAGACGCGGCCUGCCCUCGCCCUGUGUCGCACGGAGGCCCGGCAGUGACUCGGUGUGCAUGGCGGAAAGAGGAGCUUAUUUUCAUAUGUGGUUGUGGUGUGUGUGUGUGUGUGUGUGUGUGUGUGACUGUGACCUUGCUUUCCAGGUUGCUGCUCUUAAGAGCUCGCGGGACAUCCGUUGAAUUGUUUCAGUAGGUCCUCACAAGGAAUAACUACACAGCCUUUUUUUUUUUUUUUUUUUAGUGCUAUUCUACCUAUCAAAAGUAUUGGUUAAAAAAAGAAGUAUUUUUAUACACUGCUAGUCCCAGAUACUGUUUCCAAUUGUGCCCAUUGUGAAGUGACGGCAGCUGCGAUGACAUCUCCUCCCACACUUUGUAAACCUCACCGUUGUGAUUUCCAGUGUUGCUACUGUUAAACUGGUUUUUCUCUGGGC